GCAGGGUGAAAGUUGAAAGUUCGUCUAAAUCUGAAAACAGGAGACACGUGCGGGUCGAAAAGCAGCUAGUAGCAGCAGCAGCAGCAGCAGCAGCAGCAGCAGCAGCAGCGAUGGCUGCCAUCUACUCAGGGAUUCACCUGAAACUGAAAAGUCCACAGACUCCAUGGGAGGACAAACUAAAGCUGGCACGUUUUGCCUGGAUCUCCUCUCUGUGCCUGCUGCCCAACAAAGAACAGGUGCUGUUGGACUGGUGCACUCAUGCCCUCACAGGCUGGUACAGUAAAAAGGUUGAGUUUUCCCUGGAUGUCUUGGAAGGUCUGUGGUGCUACCUCGAUGACGUGCUUCACAGCCGGAAGCUCCAGUCUCUGCUCAAGCAGGGAAAGACCGUCAGUCUGAGGCUCAACAUGGCACAGCUGCUGGUUGAACAGCUUCAGGAGUGUAAACAUGUUGUCUCCAAGGCACCGGUGUGUGUGCCCACCAUACUGAGUGUGUGUCGGGGUAUUCUCUCUUCCCCUGCGCUCUCAUCUGUUUUUACCACUAAAUAUGAACUAAUGGUCGAUCUGCUGGCCAAGCUCUCGUCUUUGGCCUGCCGUGAACUGCAGCAGCCACUACUCACAGAACACAAAAAGACAGAGGGUGACACAUGUCAAGAUGAAGUGAUGAUUGAGUGCCUUCAAACUGACCCUGCAACUAAUCUGGAGCGUUCCCAAACGGACCCGAUCGAUGACCAUCAGCCGGAGUUAGAUGCUAAUAAAUUCCCUAAGAAGCCAAAGGAAACCCUUCAUUCAGCUAAUUUAUUUGAGGUGUUGCUUCAGGUGCUGUCAUGUUAUCUGUCAGUGCAGAGACAACAAUCCAACCCUAACAGAGUCUUUACUAUGGUGACCAACCAGCUGCUCCAGCCAUUAGUCCUGCUCCGGCACCUGCUGACCUCUGGAGAGUUUACACCUUCUCACACACAGCUUCGCCUCCGUCAGCAGCUGUGCAGAGACGUUCGCAUCAAGAUAGACUCCAUCCUUCAGUUAGCCCUGUUCCCUGCUGAGCAGAUGAACUCAUACAAAGAGGAGCUGUUACCAUCGAAAGAAGAUUGUGGGAAACGUGGUUCUGGAGGGACAAAAGGGCCUUUGAAGCCAGCCGGUGCUUUGCUUUGUAAACUGAGCGCCCAGGGCUACUGUGAGCCGUCGCUGCACUACUCUGUGAAGUCCAACGCACUGUGUCUGUUGUUUAAGUUUUUCCUGGAAAAAUACGGCAAAGGGAAGGGAGAAGGCGAGGAGGAGCAGAGGAUGCUGUGCUUCUAUUUUCUCAUCAGACUGGUCCCAGCGUUAGAUGUUCAUAUUGAUGCAUGCUCAGCCUCACCUGCCAAAGCGGAGCAGCCGGACUCUGUUUGCUCCAGGCAGAAGUCACCUCCAGCCUCCCUCUGCUCCCCAGAGAGCUGGAGCCUGGCUCUGCUGGCUGUGGAGUCCCUGCUCAGCCAGGCUCUGUCAGCUGAUAUUUAUAAUGUAGCAGCAGACAGGAUUCGACAUGGAGAGGUGCAGCUCAGCUUUUACAGAGCCUUGGGACAAAUGCUCUUCAACGAGGCCCAGCCAAGCAUACCUGCAUGGUACCGCUGCUUUAAGGUGCUUUUGAAUCUCAAUCACCUGAUUCUUGAGCCAGACCUGGACCAACUGUUAUCUUCAGCGUGGGUUAAUGCUGAAUGCAUGGAGACACGAGUGCAGCGGGCCAGACAGCUCAUGGUGUGCAGCCUCCUCCAGACCUACACUAAGCUCCGUCAGCUGCCUCGUCUCUUCUCAGAGCUCCUGUCUGUGAUCUGUCAGCCAGCUCUGGAUGACCUCCGACCUCCUCUGCUACCUGAAGGCAUCUCCACGUCUCUCAGGACUUGUCUUCUGGACACACCCCUGUCCCAGGGCCUAGAGAUCUGCUCACUAGCGUUGGAAAGCAUAAAGAAAUAUUUACUACCUGACCUGGUGACAGAGAAGAUGGACAUUGAGGGAGAAAAGGGGGACCAAGAGAGAAAAGAUGCAUCUCUGAAGCUCUCCUCUCUCAGUCAACUGCUUCACACUGUUUUGUUUAGUCUAAAGACCCUUGACAACGCCUCUCCUGUUCUCUUUGUCCGGCAAAGCAAAAGCCUGAUGGAGGCGAUGCAGCAGUUAGUCAAAGAGAUACUACAUGUGUUGACAACAGAGAAGAAGCCAAAAAUCGGAGCACUGUGGGAACAGAAGACGCAGGAGGCCGCUCUCCUGCUCAGAUACACCUGGGUGGAAGUGGACACGCUCUUCCAUAUCCACUGCAGCAAAUACACAUCUCUUGACUCAGCCCAAACAGCAGCUGGUAAAGAGACUGAAGACCAAGCUUGUUCCAGUUCUCCAGUCCUAACCCACGUGGAGAGUCUUCUAUCGGGUGAGAUCUUACCAGCACAUCUCCAUCCCUCCCCCUCCUGCAGCCCCGUGACCUGCUUGCUGCUCAAACUCCUCACUUUACAGCAGAUCAAGAAGGUUUUGUGUGAUACCACCUUACUCUGCGAAUCCAGCACUGCUGCACUGCUAAACAGAGCAGCCCAGUUUAUUUUAGCUAAGUCAGAGCUUGAGAUGAGUCUGGAUGGAGAGCAGGUGUGGGACGGGCAGAUAGGUAGUGUAAAUGCUCGCUCCUACCAUGUAGCACACUGGCAUCUUAUCACAUCCAAUUUGCCUUUGAUUGUUCCUCACCUGAGUGGAGAAGAUGUUGUCUGCAUAGCAAAUGUACUUGUAAGUUCAUCGUUGACCAGACAGACAGACAGACCCAAAGACCAGCUGCCCGGCCAUCUGACUGUCUCCCUCAUAUCUUCCCAACUUCUCCAAAGUGCAAUUCUUGCUGAGUUGCCUUCACUGUUCUCUGCUGUAGUUCAGUCCUUCACACAAAGGAUCAUCAAUGUGCUAAAGGCAGCACAUACACCGAAGGUCUGUCCGACGCUCCUGACAUUUGAGGGGAAAGAAACUGGAGCUACUUCUUCUGAGAGAGAUGCCAGUCAGCCUCUGUCCUCACUGAUGAAGAAAGAGACUAUUAUUAAGGAUAUAUUAGCUUCUUCUAAAACUGGAGAGGUGCCUGUACUGCUGACUGGAGCACAAAUCAAGGAGCUGAUAGACUUACUCCAAAUCUUAUCAAACCUAAAUCCAGAUGGGAUGAGCUCCAACGACCUCUCCUCUAUUUUCCUCCUCCUCUUCUUCAUGCUCACCUCCACCUCCAGUCGGCCUGAUCAGGUAGCUGCGGGACCUCCUGAAUCUGGAGGUGAGGCUGUGUUCCUCGGGAAGCUGCUCAGGAUUCUGACUUAUCUCGUAGAGAGCAGAAACUUCCAGAGUGUUUUGAAACUCAUCCACAGUAGUACUCUGCUGCAGGCUGCCGUGUCGUCUCUCCUGUGGCGUAGCAACAGUGCAAGAUUUCAAGCCACAUGCAGCCCAGGUUGGUUGGAUUUAAUCAAAGAAAUGCAGGGCUUCAUAAGAUCCUUGGUCCAGUUGAUUAUAAUAAGGAACAGCAGCGUUCGACUCAACCUGGACCAGUUUGCUUCUUAUCUCACCAGUGAGGCAAUGAAAAGUAGGAGUUCAGGAGCAACAUCCAUGUUGUCUGUUCAUCUUCUGCUGGCGUCUCUGACAUCGUUCUCCCAGGCAGUGACCUCUAAUUUGGGAAGAAGCAAGCCAAUGAAUCAAACUUUAACUCAAAUGCUCACAAGAGCGACUGCUUCACUGGGACCGGCCGUCGAGUCCGUCCUGAAGCCCCAGACUGCGAGUGAGACCGACAUCCAGCCAGCAUGCAUCCUCGGUCAAGCCUUUGUAGCCGAAGUUGUCACUGUCAUGCUGCACUCUGAGCUGUCCUCGCUGUCAGUGGAGGACGAGGACAAACAGAGCGGCUCCAGACUCACCCUGACACAUAGGGCCCUCUAUCAGUGCUUCUGCCGGCAAAUCCUCAAAGAAAUAAGUUCUGCGCCCAGACCCAUGGACUUCCUGAUCUCCUCUGUCCAUUUUCUGUCUGCUUUUUACAAAGCAUUGGUGAAGACUGAGGGAGGGAGGGAGGAGCAGGGAGAGGCAACGGAAAGAGGAAAGGAGUUGGAUGAGCUAUACGUUCAGAUUCUGCAGAAUGUGAACAGGCUGCUGACAGCUCCUUGGUUGUCUCUGACUGAUGUCAGUGAGCUGGAGCCAGCAGUGCAGGAGCUGUUGCGCCACCUGGUGGAGAAAAGUACAACCAGUCAGUUCAACGUGCUGCUGCUGCUGAUCAGAGAGGGACUGGACACUGGCAGGCUGAGGGCAGGAAACUACAGGGAGGCUCUAUCUGCAGUAAUCAUCAUUAAGCUGCUGUCCUGUUGUCAGCUACCUGAGAGCUGCUCUAAAGCUCUGUGGCUCAUUGCACCACAGAUUAUAUCUGCUAUGGUGUUCUUGGUAGGAACAUCCAGCGAGGAUGUCUCUCUGACUCUUCCCUUCACCGUUCCCACGGUAACGUCAAUGACAUCGCUUCUGCGCCAGGGGGAGGGGCUUCUCACCAACCCUCAUCAUGUGACUCUGAUCCUCGGAGCGCUCCAGUCGGUGCCCCUCGACCACCUGACCCCACCCGUCUACCAGUCGGUGUUCCUGGCUGUUCAUGAGGCGCUGUUUGCCAUCAUCCAGUGUCAUCCUCAGGUGAUGUUGAACGCAGCUCCGUCGUUCAUAAACGUCUUCUAUCGUCUGGUGGCGUCUAUCAUGCAGGAGGGUCGGCAGAGAGGAGACAGCGACUCAGGUGCGGAUGGUGACGUGUAUUUGCAGUGCUCCAGACUGAUACAGAGGAUGUACUCUCACAUCGCUGCUGCAGCCGAGAGCUUCACUGUGCUGUCAGCCUUCAUGGUGGCUCAGUACGUCACAGAGUUGCAGAAGGUCACUCUGCGACCAGAUGUGAAGCUGCAUCUGACUGAGGGCAUCUAUCAGAUACUUGACCUGUGUGUUGAGCAGGAUAUCAAGUUCCUGACAGCCGGACUGCAGAUGGGAGUCAGGGAGGUGUUCAACGAGCUGUACAGCAGCUACACCCACUACCACAAAGCUCAGAGGCAAGGGGAGGACAAGUACACAGUUUGAGCUGCCAGAACAAACACCGGCGACCUUUUCUUCAGCUUUCGAUGUAAUUAAACGGAAUUACAUUUUCUGGCUGUGCUUAUGUGCAACUUUUGCUUUCAAAUGGCACACCGGGCAGAGCAGCUUGUGGACACCAUGUGAUGUGCACAGAGAGUAAACACACUGAAAGCUCACUGUACUUUUGUUUUUACUCUUCCGACACAGUUUUUUGAUACAAUUCACACAUUGGACGUCACAGUGUUUCUUUGAAUUCUGCCCCUCCAAAACAGCUGCAUUCCCACAGCUAACUGGUUUCACCUCUGUGAAUACAAUCCCGAGCGCAAAUAGACAAAAGGAGACCUGUUGAUGCUUUGAAAAUGCCCCGAGGAGGGUUAAAGCCAGACCAGCAGGUAUUACAAACACAGUUGUAUCACCUCAUAUGAAAAUCUUUUGACUGCAACAGGGUUGAGAAACGCAACGCUGGUUACAGGCAGAUAGCUUUGAUUACACUAUAAACACAGAGCACAUGGCAGACUGGAGGAGAAUUAGCUGUUAACCCUCCUCAGAUGUCACAGAGACCAGACACUCUGUGAACAAGCUCCUCAGGAAAAACCUCCCCUCACUGAAGAUAUGAUUAAUAUAACGUAUAAAAUGUUGUAAUUUAAGAAAUCAGUGAGCUAUUACCAUUUAUUGAUUUGCUGAAAACUGUAUGAAUGUGUGUAAAUCGUGCUUCAUUUCUUCUUUAUUGCUGUUUUUUUUUUUUUUUAUAAUAACUAAAUGAUUUGAACAC